AGAGGGUUUAUUAUGCAUUAGGAUGGUUCAUACCGAUUUUAUUUUGUCUCACUGGUACCAAAUGGGUCAACAGGCAAUUUCCGUAAGGUUGCUGACAUUCUUCUGGUGGAUCUUUUCCAUUGUCCUGGUUGCAAUCUACGUGAGCAUGGUCGCUGAAAAAUACACCACUCUUCACUACGCCACACGCAUUAAAACCUGGAAAGACAUGAUUAACCAAGAUUACGUGCAGGUCGGUUUAGUACGAGGGGGAAGCACUGAGUCCUUCUUCAAGUCGAGUACGGUCCCAGAAAUCAAGCUGAUGUGGGAAAAAAUGCAGAAGCAUCCGGACUGGCUCGCAACUUCCUUGGCGGACGGGAUCCAACGAGUUCGAGAUGGCAACGGGCGCUACGCUUUUUUCGCGGAAACCCUGUCAGUGGAUUAUCUCAUUCAUCGCGAAUGCGAUUUGGUCAAAAUUGGACCGGAAUUGGGGCAGAGAAGCUACGGAUUUGCUCUGCAAAAGAAGUCCUUGUACACGCAUGCCAUCAGUGCUGCGAUCCUGCGACUGCAAGAACAAGGCGCCGUUCAAGCACUGUACACCAAGUGGUGGCAUGAUACAACUUCUGAAAACUGUGACCGGAAGUCGGACGAGGACAGACGGGUUGAUGCCAUUGAUGCUGGACACCUCAGAGGAAUAUUCGUACCAGUUAUCAUCGUGGCUUUCUUGGCAAUGUUCGUGGCACUAGUGGAACUGGUGUGGACGUGUAUUUGGCGAGGAGAUUUGUCCAAGCCAUUCUCAACUAGAUUGCGGAUGGAGCUACAGCAGAUUAUUGGCUUCAAUGUGCCGAUUUCCAGACAAGGACUGAGGAAUGAAUUUGAGCAAUGAAUCUCUUACGAUCAGACAUUCAAAUGAAGUAGAACUUGUGAGUUUAUUAGUGGUGAUUUUGCAUCUGCUGUUUGCAUGUUGUUGUUACAUCACAGCAGACGGAGAACCCGUGCUGAUAAAUAAAUUAUUGGAAUACGUAAA